UGUCCUUUUCAAAAGUAGAAACAACAAAAGGUGGCGGAACAAAAUACAACAUAGGAUUUUAAAAAACAGUUGAGCUGCUUCCGUUCUUUGCCAUAAGAUCGGCGACUCCAUUUGCUUCCCUGAACACAUGUGUCAUCGAAGGCUCCUUCGCUCUAGUUAGCAUCCAUCUGCAAUCAUUUAUGAAAUUUUGGUAGAGGCAAGAGUUGUUAGUAAGCAUGUUGAUUAAAUCAUUGCAAUCUGUUUCAAUUACUAAUGGCGUGAUAUUUUUUUACAAAGCUAUCCUUAAACCAUGCAUGAGUGCUAGGCAUUCCACUACAAAAAAACAGCCUAAAUUGCGGCGGUCAGUUCCAACCCCUGCAAAUUUUAUUAAAUAGCAGGGGUUUAGUUAACCGACACAAUAUAAGUAGAUAGCGGCAGCUCAAAACCUACGCCAUCUGGAAAAAAUUAGCGCUAACAUUUCCCACACUUUUUUCUGUUUGCUCAUUUUUUUUGGCUGUCACAAAAUACAAAUAUAACAAAACUUGAAAAGCUCCUCCACUUCUCACUAACAUUUUUCCACAACUCAAGCAGUGGCAUAGACAUCUCUAUCACUCACUCUGGCAUAGCAAUCGACAAGUAUCUUUAAUUAUUCAAGAUUAAUUAUUGAAUUGCAGAUAUGUCUCGAUCAAUUCACUCAACGUCUCAUUCAGCUCCGAUGGAUCAGCCCACAUUGCACGCGGCUCCAACAUUUCAGCUGGCAUCACAGCCGUCUCAAUCUGUUUACUCAACAUCUCAGCUAGCUCCGAUGGAUCAAACUGCAUCACAGCCGGCGCCGACAGUUUACUCUGCAUCACUGCCAUCUUGGUCAGUUCACUCAACAUCACAUCCGGCUCCAACACAUCAGAACUCAUCACAACCAGCUCCAACAUUUCAGACUACAUCUAGAAAGCAUUCUGGGAGCCACUGGACUAUAGAAGCAAUACAUUCAGAAGAAAAUGUGAAAAAACUCAAAGUGAAAGUCAAGGAAGUGCUAAAUUUAACAUGUGAAGAACGUAUCGUGGUUGAUUUUGAUUACCUAGAUGAACCAUUUGGAGAUGCACACAACCUACUUUCAGGCUUUUGUGAAAUUUUAGCAUGUGACUGCACUUUAUUUCCAAUCCAUUAUGAGAAAUGGUCUAGUUUACCGUUGUCAUACUUCAACCGCGUCUUCGAUCAAAUUAUAAAGCCCAAGUUCUUCUUUAAGACAACUGAGUCAGUUGCGCGGCAACAUGUUUAUAAAUCUAUUGGAAAGAAAUGGGCUGCAAAUAAGCUUAACUUGUGGAGUGCAUAUGAACACCCACUUAAAAGUAGAGCUGAGAUUAUUGAUAAUGUGUCGGAUGGAGUUCCGCGGGAUCAAUGGAUUUCUUUUGUUGAUUACCAGUAUAAAGAAGCAAAAGAAAUAUGCGAAAAAAUUGAAAUAUCUUUGAGCCAAAGCACCAUGGACGAAUCUCAAAUUUUUCCAAAUGAUGCCGUUGGUAAGGUGCUAGUAAAAGAGCACUCUGGAAGGGUGCGGUACUUGGGAUUAGGACCUGUCCCCAGUAGAGUUUUUAAACAAGUAAGACCUCGUUUUGGUGGUACAAGUGCUUCAAGUAGUGAAGGUUCAUGUUCGUCCCAAUGCCAACAGAACCUUAUUCAAAUAAUGAAUGCUCACAAUCAAAUGAUGAAUGCUCUCAAUCAAAUGAUGAAUGCUUUCAAGGCAUAUAUGAUAAUGAAAGAAGGGACAAUACCAAAACAGUUUGCGGGGUUCUUCGCUUCUCCUUCGACUAUUUCUCCCACAACACCAAGUGAUGUGGACAAUGGACCCCUUUCGCCCAUGGGCGCAAGAAGAUCAUGCGGUGAUAGUAAUUCUAGUGACAACCGUUGAUUUUAUUGUAGUUGUCUUAAAUAAUUAAUUGUGACAAUAUAGUUAGGUGGUUGGAGUUAGAAUGUUGGAGUGAAUGUUUUGUGUUUAAAUUUGGUUUUUGAGUCUAGUGAUGCUACUUAAUGUUGACAAUUUAGUUUUAAAGACUAAUGAUAUUUUAUGGUUUUAUGAUAUGU